AUGAGCUCGAGAACAGAGGCAACAUUGAUCCCUUGGGAUCCACUCUCCGAGCCUCAUCGCGCUCUGCUCGUCAAACAGCGAGUAGAAUGCUCUUGGGAUAUGGAAAUGGUUCAAGAGAUAUGGAGGGAUGAACAGAUUCGGGGCGACAAGUGCAUCUAUUGGAUUGUCCUCCCUGUCGAUGAACUCGUGGGAGGAGGAGAGCGCGAGACGCUGAUGGACACGGCCGCAUCCAUCAGUGCAACACCCCGCCAACCCACCCAAGCAGAAUUCAUCCCGGUUGGACAUAUUGCCUUGGACUCGAAUAACAAGAAGGCCGAGAAAGUGGACCUCGGGAUUGGGUCCGAGAAAGUCUUCUGGGUCAAAAACUUCUUUGUUCGACAUGCCUUCCAGAGUAACGGGAUUGGGCGAGCAGCCAUGGAUGAAAUCGAGAGAAUUGCCGUCCGCGAGCCCCUGUGCGCGAAAACGUUAAUGCUAGACACGGUCGAGAGAGAAGACCAACUGAGAGAGGAGUUCGCUAAGGCUACCUAUGGACGCGUUCCGAAGAUUCCUAAUCAGGACUGGUAUAGGAGCCGGGGUUAUGGAUGUCUUAAAAUUGUGCAGAACUACUACGAUGUCCCGGAUAAAAAUGGGAAGAUAUGGGAUACGAAGACAGUAUUCAUGCGGAAGGACCUUCAAUGAUAAGUUACACCCUGUAGAACAGGGUGAAGGAUAGCUACGUCUUGAAGCCAGGGGAGCGCUCUAUAGCAGCCAACAAUACUGGAGAUAGAAUCUAUCAGGGGUAUGGGAAGAUGUGGGGUGGAAGAGUGAUGAAUUCAGCCAUAUGAGGCUAUCUGACAAAUUGGAUAAGAAUC